CCCACACAUACGGACUACUCUACCCUGCAUUCGCCAGUUCCUGUUUCGUAUAUUCAAGCCCAGCAUGUUAGCGAUCAAAAGGCCCCGUCGCAGUACCCCGAAGGUCCGAUCGGGCUGUAGCACCUGCAAGGCCCGGCGUAUCAAAUGCGACGAGGCCACCCCGGAAUGCCUGCGAUGCGUGCGCUCCGGCCGCAGCUGUGGGGGAUACACGGUCCAAGCCACGGCGCGGACAAGCCCGGCCGGCACUAUCAAAGCGUACAGCAUCCCGUUCAAAGUGCCCGGUAGCCAGGUGGAUCGGCAGCUGCUGCACUUCUAUUGCUCGGAAGCAGCCUCCCGACUGGCUGGGUUCUCGGACCCCACGUUGUGGACGCAGUUGAUCCUGCAGCGGUGUCAUCAUCAGCCUGUUAUCCGUAGUGCCUUGGUUGCGCUAAGCUCCCUGUAUCGGGACCACAUGUGCAGUGCGUCAAACUCCGCUCCUGUAUCCUUCCAAUCGCGACCAUCGAGUAUGGAGAUUAUUUCGAAGUGCCAUCGUCAGUUGGCGUCGCAUCUUCGGUCCCCCGGCGCUUCUACCGAGGUGGCGCUCAUCUGUGGCCUUAUAUUCUACACGUUCGAAUGUCUUGUCGGUGAUGCGAGGCAGGCAACUUGGCAUCUUGACCAGAGCUUGAGGCUGCUGCAACGCACGUUCAUCGAGAAUCCGAAUUUCUUCGCUUCGUCGGACGGAAUAUCCGAUCAUCUGAUUUCCAUCUUCACCCGGCUAGACGUCCAGGCUAGUAUAUUCGACAGCGACCGUCUGCCUGGGCUUAGGCUACUGCCGCAGGGGAGCGUGGCGUCGAGUCUGGAUUCAAUUGUUCCGGACUCCUUUGUCGAUUUAUCACACGCGGAAGACGUCCUGACACGCCUUCAAAACAUCACGAUGCAUCACAUAACCUUCUACCUCGAAUAUAAACGCUACUCAUGGGACCAACUCCCAAUUUAUGUCAGAACAGAAAGACUCGCCAUCGUGGCAUGGUUCGAGAAGUUCGAACUCGCAACGACAGAGUUACUCGGUCGAAUAGACCAACAUCAACACCAACACCACGGCUCUCCUAACCCCGACAAUUCCAAAACCCAAACCUCCCACCAACACAUCCUCCUCCUCCAGAUCCAAGCCGAAAUGUUUCACAGCAUCCUCGUCGAAGACAACUCCCUCUCUCCCACGACCCGAGAAACAGGCAGCGCAGCCGAGAACCGCCUCGACGCCGCAGCCACACACAUAUCGACACUCCUCGACCUGGCAAAAAAGGAAACCUCAAGCCCACUCUCCGGAUCUGGGUUCAUGCUCUCCACCCAGCUAAUAGCCACGCUGUACUAUAUCUGCAUGAAAGCGCAGAAACGACAGACGCGACAGCUGGCCCUCUCGCUGUUGCAGGACUCGGCGGUUCCCGAGCGAGAGGGUCUCUGGGAUGCGAAGUCGGCGGUGUUUGUCGUACAGAGCAUGAUGUCGGAUUACGAGUGCGAGGACGCAAGUGAAGAUUGGGCUGAGGCGAGGCUGGAGGAUUUUGGGGAAGGGGUUGUAGACGCCGGGGGGCUGGAUAGUGCGUUUCAGUUGCUGACGAUAAGUAGGGAGGCGGAGGGGGUCGUUGGGGUUUGA